CGGCUCCCUCCCCCGUUGCCGGUCCCGGGAGGCGCCGCCGCCGCUGUUGGCUUGCCGCCGCCUCCUCCUCCUCCUCCUCGCUCGGUCCUCUGAUCCCACCCAGCCUGCCAGCCAUGGAUUCGGACUCCUGCGCUUCCCCGCCACCCCCGAGGUUUUUUUCUCCCGGGUCCAAACGAUGCCGCACGGUGGAGGACUUCAACAAGUUUUGCACAUUCGUCUUGGCCUACGCGGGGUACAUCCCCUACCCGCAAGAGGACCCUUCUGUGCGGAGCGCCCCCAGCCCCCCCAACAGCACCGGGGGCACCAUCGACAGCGACAGUGGGGAUGUGGGUGAAGCGAGGCUCCCCUCUGCCCUCUCCUUGUCCGGGAAAGCACAGAAGAGCUUCAGCCAGCUGACACAUCGGAAAGCUUACACCUCCCUCUACCAGUGGGCAAAGCCACAGGGCUUCCUGCUGGGCAGGAAGAAAAUGGGGCUCAGGAGGAAGAGGAAGCUGAAGCGGAGGGAGGUGCUGGGAGGGGAGGAGUCCUACGCGCAGGUGCCCACGAGCCCCUCUUCCGAAGGCGAUGCCCACUCCUCCACGGGCCACUGCUCGGCAUGGGACUCGGACUCGCUCUCCAGUGCCUCGUGCCCGCCAGCGGCCCCACCAGAGGCUCCGCGCCUGGUUCAGACGCUGGGCAAGCGCACCAUCAUCCGGCAGGGGAAGCAGGUGGUGUUCCGCGACGAGGACGGCAGUGCAGAUGACGAGGACAUCAUGGUGGAUUCAGAUGAUGAUUCCUGGGACCUUGUGACCUGUUUCUGCAUGAAACCCUUUGCCGGGCGCCCCAUGAUCGAGUGCAACGAAUGCCACACCUGGAUCCACCUCUCCUGCGCAAAGAUCCGCAAGUCCAACGUCCCAGAGAUCUACGUCUGCCAGAAGUGUCGGGACUCCAAGUUCGACAUCCGCCGCUCCAGCCGCUCCCGGAUGGGGUCUCGCCGACACUUCCUGGAUUAGCAGGGUGGGAUUUUCCCCUAACGCGUUUGACACAAGCGGACUUGUCAUGUCAAACAUGAGACUCUGGUUGGUGGGGGACAAACCCAGCCACAAGCAGGGAACAUCCUCUCUGUGGUGAAGGGAAGCGUCUCAAAGCACCCUCAAGGGCCUAAAUUGCCACUGGAGAAGGACCCGAUUCCGUGCCCCAAAGGAAGUCGAGGAAAAAGGGCAUCAUUAGGAUGAUAAGAGGAAGUGGGGGGGACUGCCUGGUGUGCACCUCACUUUCCUUUCUUUCUGUUGUCCCAGGUAUGAAAGUAUGGCAGGAUGAACUGCCUGAUGGGUGCUGAGUGACUCACCAUCAGGGAAGGGGAUGCAGCAGUUUGAGAGCUGGAGGUGCCAGCAGCUGUUGCACCUCCACCAUGCUGCAGCAGGAGGUCCAGGAUCUCUCUUAAGGGUUGUGUGAAAAAGGGUCGCCUUCCCCACCCAGUGGAGAGCCAAUCUGAGGUCGCCUCAAAGUGAGACAACCCAUGGCUGCUUCUUUAAAAGCCACCUUCAGUGGAGGAAGCCAUCUGCUCGUUCAGGCAGGGAGAGGAAAGGGCAGCCAUUUCCCCCCCACUUCGGAGGAUGAGCUCAGUUCCUACUCUGAUGGGCUCCUCCUUCUCUCAGGUCCAGGAUGGGCUUUCCUUCAUGUCAGUUUGUAAAGUGGGAAGCAUGUAAAAACGCUUCUUCUGAGCUGAUGGGGGUGGUAAGUCUUGGCACCUGGGGUUGCUUCUAUGCAUUCAGCACAGAAGAGUCUUGCGAGCUGGGAAAUGGGCGCAGAGAUCUCAGGUUUAACAAGCCCAGUGGAUUCCUGCCACCAGAGCGCCGAUUCCUCCUUUGCAGUGACCAAACUGGCUUAUUGCACAGAUGUGAAUCCUCAAGUGGAUUCUCCCUUUGCAUCGCUCCGAGCUGUCGACAGCGAGGAAAUGUAGUUUUUGUGGGGAAGGAAGAGCAGCAGGCUCGGUGGAGUGAGCAGUGCACCAAGACAGACAGCCGUCUUGCCCAAAUCUCAGCAUGGACAAGUAUUCCUUUGGGCACCUAAUGUGCGAGACCCAGGUUCUCAUAUGGUGGACUUGUGUUACAAGUGGUAAUGGAUGGGGGAUUGAAACCCCUUAAGUCAUUUACCCAAUUGGUUUGGUAGGGUUCCCAUACUCCAUUCUUCUGCCAUGACUGCAAAACUUUGUCCAUUUAUCAGAAGCAAGUAUGAAGAACUUGAUUCCUCUACACAGCAGGGUCUGCUUUCCCUCAGGCUCCCUCAUUUGCCAAAGACAGUUCUUCCACAGAAUGCCCCAGGCUGAUGCUGUGAUCACUUGGCAGCCUCAGCUACCAUAUUGGGGUUUUUUUAUAUAAAAAAAAAAGUUUGCAGAGCGAGACAAAUCAGUGUAGGACAUCUUGUGGUGGAGAAAACAGCCGAGGAAGAAGUUUCCUGUUGAGCAAGAGUUUUGACUUGUAUUUUGGCAUUGAGCUCUAAGACCCAGUUUUAACCAUUCUGCAAUCAGGUGGUGUCUGGCAAGCCCAGUUAAUUGGAUUUUUCAGGAGAAGAAUAAACAUCUUGCAUGUCUGUGAGUUCAUCUUUGUGCAAUCUCAGUUUGAGAGCUUUAUUUUUUUUUAUUAAAAUUAUUUGUAUUAUCGGA